GGAAAAGACAAGAGUGGUGAUACAUAGUGACGGGCGGGCAAGUUAUUGAUUUUUCAGAGAUAAGUACGCUAGCUAGCACCCAAAAGGGCAAAACAACGCGUCUUUAAGCAUAUGAUGGUACAAUGGGUACAUUCAUAGUUUGAAUAUAAUCUGCUUCUUUUUUCUAAUUUUUUUUGUGAGGGGAUAUAAUCUGAGUCAUUGUACAUGCAAUUUUAGUUGACUGGAAAUAUUAUAAUCCGAAAUGUGGAGAGUUCGUGAUAUUCCGACUUCCGAGAGAUAAGUUCUGGCUCCUAUCAUAAACUAACAGCAAAGAUAUUAAUGAAUGAUGUAGUUAAGAAUCUUUGCACAUGACAAAUUUAACAAUAUUCAUUCCUACCCUAAAUUUUCCACCAACUACUGCUAAUUAAAAAACAGUAUAUGUUAAUUAAUGGUAAUGCAGUUAAAGGAUAUUCACACAUGACCAAUUAAAGUAACUUCAUUCCUACCUUAUAUAUACACCAUAUUUCUCCCCAUAUUCUUCCACAGUACUUCAGAGUUCAAAGCAUUUCAUACACUAGCAAAAUAAAAAGCUUAUAUCCAAAAGUCAUUACUUUUCUUUUAUAACAGAAUCGAGCCAAAAUUAAAUUCUAAGCUUUCUACAAAAGUUAUUUUGCUUACAAAUUUGGUAUUACUUGCUAAAGAAGUAGAGUAAACCAAAGUAAAAUAAAAUGGGUGAACUAGGAAGCUCAAUGCACGGAGUUACCGGGAAGGAGCGAACACAAGCCUUCUCGGUGGCAUCCCCCGAGGUGCCAACCGAUACGACGGCCAAGUUCGCACUCCCGGUGGACUCCGAACACAAGGCCAAAGUGUUCAAAAUUUUCUCCCUAGCAAAACCUCACAUGCGAGCUUUCCACUUAGCAUGGUUCUCCUUCUUUACAUGUGUUGUCUCAACAUUCGCCGCGGCACCAUUACUCCCAAUCAUUCGGGACAACCUUGAUCUCACCCAAAUAGACAUUGGCAAUGCUGGGGUUGCCUCAGUGUCUGGGAGUAUAUUCUCAAGACUAGCCAUGGGCGCGGUGUGUGACCUUAUAGGACCGCGCUAUGGGUGCGCCUUCAUCCUCAUGUUAACAGCUCCUGCUGUAUUUGGUAUGUCUAUGGUUGAGUCGGCUAUAGGGUAUACUACAGUCAGAUUCUUGAUAGGGUUCUCUUUAGCUACCUUUGUGUCGUGCCAAUAUUGGGUGAGUACCAUGUUUAAUAGCCAGAUCAUUGGUUCGGUUAGUGGUAUUACAUCUGGAUGGGGUGAUAUGGGUGGUGGCGCCACCCAAUUACUCAUGCCUGUGAUGUUCGAGAUCAUCCAACGAGCCGGCGGAACCACCCCCUUCAUGGCGUGGAGAAUUGCUUUCUUCAUUCCUGGAUGCCUUCAACUCAUCAUGGGUAUACUUAUCCUUACUUUUGGGCAAGACUUGCCUGAUGGUAAUCUUAGUGAACUUCAAAAUAAGGGUGAUGUUUCCAAAGACAAGUUUUCUAAGGUAUGUUGGUACGCAAUCACCAACUAUAGAACGUGGAUCUUUGUCAUGGUGUAUGGCUACUCUAUGGGAGUUCAGUUGACAACCAACAAUAUUAUUGCUCAGUACUUCUUUGAUAGGUUCAAUCUUAAACUCCACACUGCUGGGUUCAUUGCAACGGGAUUUGGCAUGGCUAACCUAGUGUCUAGGCCGUUUGGUGGGUUCGCCUCGGAUUUGAGUGCUCGUUUAUUUGGGAUGAGGGGGAGGCUAUGGAUCUUAUGGUUAUUCCAGACAUUGGGUGGUGUUUUUUGUGUGUGGCUAGGCCUCGCUAACACCGUUCCAGUCGCGGUUGUAGCCAUGGUUUUCUUCUCAUUUGGAGCCCAAGCUGCUUGUGGUGCGACCUAUGGAAUCGUACCCUUCAUCUCACGACGCUCCCUAGGGAUCAUCUCAGGUCUCACAGGUGCUGGCGGGAACUUAGGGUCUAUGAUCACUCAAUUGAUCUUCUUCUCAACCUCGAGGUAUACGACUGAGCAAGGGCUCGUGUAUAUGGGCGUCAUGGCCAUUGCUUGCACUCUUCCUGUGGCAUUGGUGCAAUUUCCUCAAUGGGGAGGCAUGUUCCUUCCCCCUUCAAGCGAUCCAAUGAAGUCUAAUGAAGAGCAUUAUUACUCUUCCGAAUGGUCAGAAGCUGAAAUACAAAAGGGUAUGCACUCGAAUAGUAUCAUGUUUGCUGAAAACAGUAGAUCGGAGAGAGGGAAAAGGAAUGUGACUGCUUCUUGUCCAACACCACCUAAUGCUACCCCUGAACAUGUCUAGCUAGUUUAUCACUGUAAUAUAUACUCCGUUCAUUCCACUAUAAGUGCUCCAAUAUUUAAUGGAAAGUACAUAAGAAAGUGGGCUGAAGGGGUUUUAUACACUUCCAAAUGUGGCCCACUUUUAAGAUGGGUGUGUAAAUAAGUUGAACUGUUGAAGGCAUAAGAGUAUUUUGGUGAAGAUUUUUCGCCAUAAGAGAGAAUGGAGAAAUUGUAAUGGAACAUCCAUAGUAGUGCGCAACAAGAAUGUACUCGUGUCAGUAGCAAAAAUGCAUAAUAGGUGCACUACUUUCGGUUUAGGAGGUUUUGUCCAAUGGGAUGAAGGGUUUAUUACACUUUAUAGUGGCCCAAUUGUUACAUGAGUGUGUAAAUAAGUUGAAGGCAUGAGGGUAUUUUGAUCCAAUGUUACUGAAAUAGGAAAUGUACUCAUGUAGCAUAAUAGGAGUACCACAUUUGGUUUAUACGGCUCUGUAUAAUGUUAUAUAAGAAGGCAGUAUUUUCUUUUCAA